AAUCGCGACACUUGCGUUCACUCGAAACCCAAGAACCAAUGCCCAGCUCGACUUAUCGAAGGCCUGUAGCUGGUGUUACAUCAUAAGGAGAAUAAAAUUCGCGAAUGAUAUUAGAUCGGCUCUGAAGAAUCAAGAGACGCGAUGCUCGACCGAAAUACUUGAUCAAAUGAUCGCUUGGCUCGCUUGAUUCCAUCUGCCUGCAGUACAGUGAUAUUCCAGUGAAACGACACUCCGUAUCCCAACUCCGUUCUGCAUGCCCCGACCAAAGGAGAUAUCGACAACGAGCACGGCUGCCGCCGAUACUCGGCAGACACGACGCGAACUGCUGGUGAAACGGUUGGAGUUUGAUAAACCGCGGCGAAAAUAUUUCCUCUAUCGCAGGCCUGAAGUACUGGACAUCAAAGCAGAAUUAUCAAACGUCGAACUGACGCAAGAGUGGGAUGUUUUAGGGGGCGGUGGAGGCCCUGCUGCAAGCCCUGCAGAACCCGAAGCGGAAGUUGGUGUUGGCCAGACCGCGAGGAGGGCUCCAGGAACACGAACGACGCACAACCCUCUCCCAAGACGAGACUAUCACGGCCAAGUCGACGACGACGAACCCGGACCUUCGAAGAGGGCUGGUUCAACGCUGCUGCAGGAAGAAGUCGAGCAAGCGACAACCAGGUCGACGAAGCGAAGGGAGAGUAGCGUCGAAAAGCGAGGGGCCAGCGUCCAAAUGCAUCCGAUUUCUAGCUCCGAGCACCUGGCCGCCGAUGGGAUGGAUGCAUCGUCAUCCUCAUCGGUGGAGACACAGAGAAGAUCCAGACAACUCUUGGUCGGCUGGGACACCUUUCGCUCCAGGACAAUGCUGCUCCUGAUAGUGUUACUCGUCGUCUGGGCUAUCGUCUACUUUCCGAUAAUCCUGACGUGAUUUCAUGAGUGCAAAAUGAAAACGGAAGAAACUUUUUAUGCGAGAAUGCCAUGAAAUAAGUGCUCUUCGUUAAUUGAUACGGAGAGAAGAGUUCGGUUAAAAAAAUGAUUACUAGCCAUUCUUCGUAAUCUUUUAGCUCGGAUCUAGUCACCCGAUCUGUGCGAUA